AUGACAGCGAUUUCCCUGAGAUCUGUGACAGCUGUGAUGCUCGCAGCAUGUUGCAAGUUUGGACAAAACCCAGGAAAAGAACUGGCAGCUUGGCUUGAUUCAUCGGCCAAGAAAGUUUUACUUGAGUGCGGCUGUUGCACAUGCUUUUUGAAGCCACGGCAUGUGCAACAGCCGCACUCAAGUAAAACUUUCUUGGCCGAUGAAUCAAGCCAAGCUGAGGAUAACCCAUACAUGAGUUAUGCGGAUGGCUAUCCCAAGCAUGUGAAGACUUUUCCUAAGGAAAGAGUUUCAAACUAUUUUGUCCUCAGGCCAAACAGCUACCUCUUAGUACCAAUCCUGAUGAAACCAGUUCCUUUCUGCCUAGCCUCCAAACCCAAACUCCAACUCCAGACUGACCAUAUGCCCAGCCACCUGAAUCAUCAGAUUGUGAAUCUUAGCAUCAAUGCUUUGACAACCAUCCUACCAAUGAUGUUCAUUGCCUUAACUCUGCCACAUUUGGAUGCCGACCUAUCAAACAACCAAUGGCAAUGUGACUGUAACAUGUCGGUCUUCCAAAAUUUCAUUUCUGAAUCCUGGAGGAAAAGGUGGAAUACCAUUUGCAAUGAGUCCAUAGGAGAAAAUGAAACAUACUGGUGGACCCCUUACAAGAGAAUUUCUGAGAAUACCCAGAUUCCUCACAUUAGUCUAAAUCAAAUGAAAAAAUUAGUGAUAAGCAAAGCAGAGAAACCCCUAGAAGGAUUGUAUGUUUGCUUUUCAACUUCUGGAAGGAAGAAACACAUCAUGUAUGAGAUCUCUGUGAAGCAGGAACAUUCCCCAAGAUGGGUAAGAAGGGCCAGGGAGAUUCUUGCUUCCACCAGGGAAGCAACAACGUCGCAAGACCUCACUUUGGCGGUCUGUCUGUCUGUGAUCAUUACUUUCUGCUGUGCUUUUGGCCUUGGUGCUUUCUCAAGACCUUACAUGGAUCGGCUAUGGCAGCAGAGGUGCCAGACUAAAAGCUCUGUUUCAGAAAAUGCAUAUUCUAAUGAAGGGUUCUAUGAUGAUGUAGGGAUUAUGGGAAACCCCAAACCAUUAUCUGAGAUUCAGCAUCAAGAUUCAUCUAGUAUGUAUGAAGAUACAGAAGCUCCAGACCUAUACGCAUCUGUCACUGAUGAUGGGAAACCCAGAGCAAGCAUAAGGGGGAAAGACUGUGGGCAGAGCAGAGGCAGAGCUACCCCAGAAGACUGGGAGAGGAAUGAGAACAGGCUACCAAACCACCGUGAUGCCCGUUCAAUUGACUCAGAAGACAUGAAUGUGAUCUAUGAUGAUGUCAUUACGAUAAAGAGGGAGCUUGUCUAUGGAAAUGACAUUCUCAGAGAAUUAGCAAGGGGUGAUUCUUUCUACGAGGAUCCAAGGAGAACCUCUUCUGUAGACAAAAUCUUACAAAAAGACCCUGGCUCGUUCCAAAGCCAUUCUUCUGAGUUAGAUCGGUCACUCUCAAGGGAAAGGAUAUUUCCUCUCCCUCAAGUGCCAACGCACCCAAAAGCACAGAACUUUGAGGAGACUGGAGAAAUAGAUGGGGCUGCACACAUGCCUUCAGAGGUUAUAGGGGCUCAGAAGGGGUUUCCUAAGGAAACGCAACUGAAUUCUUCCUGGCAUCCACUGACCUCUCAACAACAAAGGCACAGUAGGAGCAGCUCUGGACCACAGUAUAGGAUGAAUGAUGAGAAUAGGACCAUACUCAGUGAUAAUCCAAGAGAUUUUUAUCUCUCUAGCCCAUUUUCCAGUUGGGAAAAUGAUUCAGAUGUGGAUCAUUCUAGUCAUGAUCCGACACCAAUUUUCUCUUCCGAUCAUCAAAAGCAGGAGCCAAACUCAGAAAGUAUCAACGAUGACGAUGUAGUCACACAUGACAGCUUUGACUCAGAUGAAGAAGGGUCAUUAUUUACUUUAAGCUCCUCUGGUUCAGAGGAUGACUGGAACAGUAUUCAAGAACAGCCACAUGAUGAGAGAGAUCAUGGAGCCACAUGCCCAUCAAUAGAACAAGACUGUGUAAAUAAAGAUUCGUCUGAUAGAAUGGACUAUACCCAAUCAGAAAAUCCUGGGGAUGAUGCCAGCAUUCAGAAGACUGUGGAUAAAGGUGAGAAUGAGAAAAAAGAACAUUCUGAAAACAUUAUUUCCAGAUUAAAUAUUAAUUUGUCGGAGACAGAUCUACCGACCUAUCAGAUUAGUAGUAAUAGUAAAACUAGGACACAAGAAUCCCCACCUAACUCAGCAGCCAGCAGUCCUGUAAGUGUUGAAAUUCCCGGCAUGUUCAUAUAUGAUCAUGUUUUGACUCUUAGUCCUGAGCCUUCAGAAUGGCAUCAUUCAUGGGGAAAACAGGAACAAGUCUCCACUAGGAGUUCUUCACCCCAGCAAACCUCAUUCAUGUGUCCUGAAGACCCAUUAGAUAGUGAAAGCAAUGCUGCACAGAUUUAUAAAUAUUCCUAUAUGCAGAUAUCAGACAAUGUUAAAAAGGAAAUUCUUCCUGAGAUCAAUCCAGAGGAAAAACUGAAAAAUUCAUGAGUUUUGAAGGUAAAGACAUGGAAUUAAAUGUAAUUGACUCUGCUGACCUAAAAAGGGAUCUUCUAUUUCCCUAUGGACUGGUACAAACCAAGCCCAGUCACUACAGUCCCUAGUGAUGAACAUUCUUUUCAUUCUGAAAGAGAUGAGAAAUAUUUUGAAGUCUAUACAAGAAACAGCCACCAUUACUACAUUAAAAGCUUACUAAUAAAGAUAAGACAAAUUUGCUAAGAAUACAAGAGUGAUAAUAAUUGGGGCCAAUAUUCAGAAGAAGAUAUAUUGGAAUUGGAUUAAAACCCUCCUAAUUUUGGUACAAGUGAACCACAGCUCCAGAAUUUUAUAGAUUUUUCAGCUGGUAGCACCUAUUCCUAUGAGAAACAACUCUAUGGUGAUAAAAAGAGGGGUGUCCAAAUUGAUAAUAAAAGAGAAGGAAAUUAACAUUUUUAAAAGUAUAUUAUGGAGUAUUUAAAUGAAAAGAUUUAAAAUAGUUCAGGGGAUUUACCAUGUAGCAAAGACUGAUUGAUACAACCUCAAGGAAAUGGGCCAAGAAGUUAUGGAAAAUGCGAAUGUUAAGAAGAAUUCCAAAUAUAAGUGACAUAGUUAUAAAUAUUUAAUCAGUUAAGAAGAAAGACUUUUCAUGAAAGAAAAAUGCUAUUUUCUCUGGUAGUAUCAGGCAGAGUAGAAACAUACAGUUGGAAACACAUACUGUAAUUCAGAAUAUGCAACAGAAAAAGCACUAUCUUUCAUGUCAGAGCUAUAAUUUCAACUCUUUCUUCUUAAUGCUCACUACCUUUGUGACCUUGGGGAAGUCAUUUAACUUCCCCUCAAUGGUCAGUUCCUUCCUCUCUUGAUUUGAAUCAUAGCAAUAUGGUAAUAGUGAUGAUCCAAUGAGACAAUUUAUAUAAAUUAUUUUAAAACCUUAAAGUGCUUUAUAAAUAGUAGUCAUUGUUAUUAUUAUUUAUUUAUUUAUCUACUUAUUUACUUGUCAGUGUCUCUCCCCUCCCCCCAUAGCCUAUCUCAUAUCUUCCUUCAGGGCUUUGUCUUUUGAUUUAGUAAACACUAAACAAUUGCUUGUUGACUGACUGAUUGACUACUCUGAUUCAAGUAAAGUCCUACUCCUA